UCGAUUCGUUGAAACUUGUGUAGUAACCGUGACCAACUUUCGUGUAACUCUGUAUUGGGAAAACCCCCUCAUAUGGGACAACUGUCGUUCCUGAACCGCAGAGGGCGCUAUCACACAGGAGCUAGUAGACGUUAUGGCUAUACUGGACAAAGGUAGAGGGGGUUACCGUGUGUUUGUGGGCGACCUCGGCAGCCGCGUGGGGAAAUACGAUCUCGAGAGGGAAUGUCAGUCUUACGGGCCGAUUCUUGACGUGUGGGUAGCCAGGAACCCCCCUGGGUUUGCCUUUUUAGUGUACAAAUAUGCAGAGGAUGCUGAGCGUGCAGUCAGGAAGCUUCACGGAAAUACGGUGUGUGGGCGGCGAGUCCGUGUGGAGCACGCCAUUCCUUAUGAAGAGCAGCAUGCUGAGAGAUACACCUCCAGAUCAACCCGGCGCAGAUCCUCUGAAAAAUCUCAUUCAAUGUCCAGAUCAAGAUCUCCAAAACGAGGAAGAUCUCCAAAACGAGGAAGAUCUCCAACACCUAAAAGACAGACCUCAAGGACACGGUCAGCAUCGAGGGACAGAAGAUCUACAUCAAGAUCCAGAAAAAGAGAUAGGUCAAGGUCAAGAAAAAAAGACAGAUCUGAUUGCAGGUCAAGAAGACGAGAAAGGUCAAGAAAACGAGAGAGGUCAAGGUCAAGACGAGAGAGGUCAAGAACGAGACAAAGAAAUGGGUCAAGAUCAAGGAGCAAAGAUAAAAGAUCCAAAAGAUCACAGAGUUCACGAACCACAAAAUCUAGGUCAAGAUCUAAGGAUAGAGGUAAAUGCAAAUCAUCAGAAGAAAAAUCAGAUUCACAGCAAAAGAAAAAAGAUGGAACUGAACAUAAAAGGUCACUUUCCAAGUCCCCUGCUCAGGACAACCCAACAGAGGAGAGUAAAGUACCAGGGUCUGUUAAGAAAGAAGGCGAUAACAAGAAAGAAAGCAAUAGCAAGAAAGAAGGCGAUAACAAGAAAGAAGGCAAUAACAAGAAAGAAGGUGAUGACAAAAAAGAGAGCAAUGAAAACAACGAAAACAAGGAUACCAAAGAGACCGAUGGCACCAACGAGAGCGAUGACGCCAAAGAGGCCGAUGAUACCAACGAGAGCAAUGACACCAAAGAGAGUGAAAUCACCAAGGCAACUGAACAGGAUUUAAAAUCAAAUAUUACAGAGAAUUGUCUGGGAACUAAUGAAAACAAUUCUGGAGGGGAUCAGGAAAAAAUAGAAAGAGAACAGGACAACUCUGAUGGCAGUCAGCUUACGAAGACAGAGGAGAAUGAGGGGAUUUCAAAGAAAUCAAGUGAAGAAGUGAAGGAGAAACCACAAGGCAUUGACAAGUUUGACAGGAUUGGGAGAACAGAAAAAGGUCACAACACGGACAGUUCAUCUGAUGAUGAUUAACCAAUCAAAUGUCUCAAAAGCCGUUAGCCAAUGAGAAAAUUCCUGAUUUCUUGUCCAAUGACAAGUGAAUAAUCAGAUGUCUCCUUACAUACAUGUAUUAUGGGUUAACGAAACAUUAUUCAAUCAUUUAAUCAACAAUGAACUGUUGUCUGACAUUUGUAAUAUUAAAUUGAAACAAUUGUUACAUUCUGUGCUAGUUUAUGAAGGAUGAUGAUGUAAUUCCUCCUCUAGAUGUAUUUUGUAGAAAAAAGAUUUCUAGCACACAUCAAAUUCUACAACUUUAGUCAUUGUAAAGCACCUUUUCUACAUGAUUGUGAUUCUAUAGAUUUGUAUACUUGUGGUUGUGAGUGUCGAUUCAUUCCAAAACAAAUGUUAAGUGGAAGAUAAUACCCAUAAUAACCGAACAGCCAACACAGCUGUAAAUCAAAAGAUAUUAAGGAAAAGUCUUUCAGUUUUUGAAAGUAUAUGAGAUGUUUCUUCACACCGGCAUAUUGAAUGGGGAUCAUCGGCUGAAAAACUGAAAUACAUUUGUUUUAUGUAAAUUUUCUAUUAUAUUUACCUUGUUACUACGACGUAACAUCAGAGACGUUGAAAAUAUGACGUUUGGAUUGUGAUGUCCCAGUUGCUAGUAAACUGUAUUUUAAAUCCCUGCACAAAAAUGAAAGUAUAUAUGAGAAAUUAACAUUUGGUUUUAAUUGGUCACAAUAUGACGGGAAAAACAGAUAUACGUAUGAAUUGUUCAUUAGACAGUGUGUAGAAGACCUAAUAUGGAAUAUAUGUGGUCAGUAAAUUCUUUAAGGGGUGAGAUCAAAAUCGAGCAUAUUUGAUGUGUACAUUUAAGAGAUAUUAUGGUUUUGAGCACAAUGUUCUUUGUUUUUUACAUACCUGUAGUUAGAAGGAUUGGAUAGACUUAAAACUUAAAGCUAUGAACUAUUUUGGAUGGAAUUUCUGGUUGUUUCCUCCCAGGCUGUAUAAACUAACACAUGUAUCAUAAUACAGAAAUUGGUUAGGUUAAUCUGAGUUAAAGGUAGCCAUCAAGGAUCUGUUUCAUAAGUUUUGUGCAAUUUUGAUUUUAACAUUUUUAACUACCAGGUAUAGAAAAAAAAUAUUGAGGGCUCAGGUAACCCCCUUUGUGUGCUGUAUUCUCUUUUCCUUCAUUAUUUGAAAAUUGAUGUUAUACACACCAUGUUAAAUUGAUGUUAUACACACCAUGUUAAACUAUGUUGUGGUUUGACUAGUACAGCUCACAAUAAUCAGGUACAUAUGUACUAUCUAUUUCAUGAAAGUAUGAUACUGAAUUAUAUUGUAUAGCAUAUAAUCCAAGGGUAAAUUAUGUCGCCUUAUCAGACUCCAUUAUCACCUGAAAGUUGUCAUUUUUUAAAUAACCAAUACUUGUAAUUCUAAUUGGUGCUCAAUGUCCAAAACCUGUCUGAAUAUAUUUUAUGAAAUUUUGUUUUUGUAUUCAAAAGUAUUUUUUGUCUCGAAUGUGAUAUAUACAUGUUUAUUUAACAGAAAGGAAGUCAUUCCAAGUGCAUUUCAUUCCUGAUUCUCUGGUGUUCAAUGUGACAGAGAGUCUAUGUGAUACUAAGCAUCUCAUGAAACAGAGACAAUGUGAUACAAAGUAUCCAUUAAACAGAGAGACAAUGUGAUAUGUGAUACCCAGUAUCCAUUAUUUAACUGUAUCCAUUGAGUCAGUAUCCAUCAGUCAAUAGAUAGGGUUCAAGUGUUUCUGAUAUUCUCAUCAUUUUUUGUGAACUUGUGUGGAGAGUUAAGUAAUUAUCAGUAAGGUGUGGUUUUUGUAAAUGGAGUUGUUCUAUUGGAAUCCAUUCCAAAUAUAUAACAAAUACAGCAGACAAUUCUGUCAGUUAGCCUUGUGCCAAGGUCAAUGUAUAUCAAAAACUUUUUUUCAAGUUCUUCAAAAUUCAUGUAAGUUUUUUUUUUUGCUUGAAUGUAUGGUUUUUAUAUUGGAAAACAACUUCUCUCCUAAGCAGAUAAUGUGUAAUGAUAAUUUAUACAGAUUGAGUCCUCAGUUAUUUCACUGGAGAUAAAUAAUGAUGACAGCUUGAAGAAACAUCUUCAUUAAAUGUUCUAAGAAAGGUUACUUUUUAUGCCUCUGUCAUGAAAUGGAAUGGGGAUAUAUAUAGUGUUUAUGAGUUUUGUCAGUCCUUGUGUCCUAGUUGAUGUUUUCUGAAUUUGUUUUCACUACUUGUUUAAUAUGAGUUAAUACAGAUCCAAUUUAAGUUUCACUUCUAAUGACCUAUUCUCAGUCCUUGUACUUUGAAAAUAUCAAAGAGUUCAGUUUUCCGAUCUCCCCGCCCCCUCUGGAUCCUGUGGUUGCAGAUCUUGAGCUGGUUUUGGCUGUGUACCUGUAGUUGCAUACAGAUAACUAAGUUUUGCUUCAAUUGAUUUACUCUCAGCAGAGUUAUGGCCCUUGAAUUUUGAAAAAUUCCUCGACUUCAAAGUUUUCUGGACAUUCCUAAUCCUUGCAGAUAUUGAGCUGGUGUUUACUGGCAGUUCUAUAUUGAAGUGGUACAGAACAAGGUUAAGCUUCAUUUUAAUGGACUUACUGUCUACAGAUUUAUGGCCCUUGGACUUCAAGAGUUUCAGACAAUUAUGAUUCUGUAAAUGACCCAAUUUUUCAAAUUUAGCAAACUGGGGAGUGCAUGACAAAUCAAACUUGUCUUUUCCACGGGCAAUUAUGUUACCUGGGAACCCAUGGCAUGUGAUCUUCUCUAGACAUUGGCUGUAACCUUGUACUAGCUGGGCUAUCAAACGGGAGCAUUCAGAUCAAUAUGUUUAAUUUGAAUUUCAAAAACAUUAUAAUAACUUUUGUCAUAUCUAUCUAUCUAGUGUGUACCUAGAAAACAAUGAAUGACUUUAUAAAUAUACAAUCUCUGUUUCUGUGCAAUUAAUGUGUGCUAUUUCUACAUAGAAUUAGAAUGGCAGAUAUUUGUUUAUUUUGGAAUUUUUAAUACAUGUAUAUUAUACUACGUUUUGAUAGAACUAUAAAAUGAUAAAACAGUUAUUGGUAAUGUAGAAGUAGAAAGUAUUCGUUAGUGAAAUUGUCGUCCAUUUUUUAGUGUUUAUUUUGUACAGCUGUAUGAUAUUAGAGCACUAGAAAAUCACGAUUUGAAAAUUAUACUCGUAGCGUUGUAGACCCUAAACUCGUAGAGAAAUUCUCGUCUUGUUUUCUAGUAAAUUGAGUUUGAAUACUUUCUGUUGAUAAAACUUGUAAGGUCUUUAAAAAAUAUAAUGUCAAUUUUGAUUGUGAACAAUCUUCAAAUAGGAGGGAAUUUUCUGUAUUAAAACUUGUAGAAGUAAGUUUUGAGAUAUCAUUAUGAAUUGUUUACUACUGAAAUUGUUACUUUCUGUUUGAACUAAAAAGUGUUCAUUUAUGUAAAUGGUGGGUAUAUGUAUUAGAUAUUUUGUGUUCAUGAUGAUUUUACUCGUGAUGAUAAUGUUCAUUGGGUUAUUGACAAUUACUGUGAAAUUGACACCGUCAAUUACUUAUUUAUGGGUUUUGUUCUUUAAAAUUGUUGUCAUAUAGAUUUAAUCAAUGGAAUUUUAUUUAAGUGUUACGUAAGAAUUUUUACUUUUAAUAAUCUGUAGAUCUCGCACAGCUCAGAGAAGCACUCCAGAUAUUUGUUGUACCAUUUUGUGUAAAAACCAGUUUUCCAUUCUAUAUCUAGUGACUGUACUUUCACUUUACAUACAUAGCAUUCUCAGACUCGUGUGAGUUUGGUGAUCAGAGUCCAUCUUGAAUGUGUGUUGGUCAUAUCAUUCUCUUUCAAAAAUUCUCACUUUUGUUGAUCUUUAUUGUUUGAAAUUUUUUAUUUCUUUGGAAUAUAAAUUAUACGAUUGGUUUUAUUUAGAGUCGCACAAUGUGUUCGUGGUGACCCAGAAAUCUUUUCUGUCGUUGUUUCCAGCUAUAUGCAUCGUUAUCUAAAGGUUGCUGAAGAAAAUUAUUUAAAGGAAUGCUUUAUAUAACAAAGCACCACCAUGUAUUUUCUAUGCAUACACUAUUUACAAAAGAAUAGAUUGUGACAAAAGUCCAUGUUUUUUCCACCCAGAGUUCCACUAUAUAACUUUCAGAUUGUGAUUGUUCAUCUUGACUAAUUGAAAUUCUAAAGCUCAUGAAUGCAUCACCAUACGAUACUAGUAUUAACCAAUUUAAUUUAUUCCUAUAACUGCUGAUGAAUAACCCAGUGUGUAAGAAAAUGUUGAAUUUUUGCCAUCUGAGGCCUUGUAUAACGUCCACCUUGUGCUGUGUUAUGUCGACAUUCCAAUAUUUUGAUGUUAACUUUGUUGUGAUUCAUUUUGAUUUAUGUAUUUUUAAACACAGUGAUUAUAUAUGAUAUUUAUGGAAAAUAAUAUAAUAACUGUUGGUUUUUUUGUUAUUGAAAAUACUUUAUUAUAUGCAAAUUCUUAAUCAAUGGAGUUUGUCUUGAAUGCAAUAGUUAUGGCAAAUAAAGAUAUGAAAAUGAU